GCGGAUGUUGAUGUUUUGAUCCGGAUUUCUGUCGUGAUAACUGCGUUAUAGCCAAUAUUACCGUAACGUGUGAGAAACGCGGUCUAUCUCGGCGCUUCUCUAGCGAAGCAUAGAGGCCGAGGCGGGGAGGCGAUGAUGGAGGACUUUGACGAGAUUUACGAGGAGGAGGAAGAGGAAGAGGAGGACGAGGACAGGGCCGCGGAGGAGCAGCUGCUCAAAUACGCUCCGGACCCGGUGGUAGUGCGCGGAUCCGGACACGUCACUGUGUUUGGAUUAAGCAAUAAAUUUGAGUCGGAAUUUCCCUCAGCCCUUACGGGAAAGGUAGCGCCAGAGGAGUUCAAAGCCAGCAUAAAUCGUGUGAACAGCUGUCUGAGGAAGGCUCUACCGGUGAAUGUUCGCUGGCUGCUUUGUGGCUGUCUGUGCUGUUGCUGUACUCUGGGCUUUAGUCUGUGGCCGGUCAUCUGUCUUAGCAAAAGGACACGCAGAUCCUUAGAGAAGUUAUUGGAGUGGGAAAACAGCAGAUUGUAUCACAAGCUGUGUUUGCAUUGGAGGCUAAGCAAAAGAAAGUGUGAAACCAACAACAUGAUGGAAUAUGUCAUCCAAAUAGAGUUUCUACCCAAGAUUCCCAUCUUCAGGCCGGAUUAGCAGCGGGCCAGAGCGCAAGCCUCCGGCGUGGUCUUCCUGAGGUGCCUUUAUCCGGUACUGUCAUGGUUUUAUCACGUGGCCUCAUCCCCUUCCCU